GUGGAGGUUCCAUAACGUGUUUGCUGCCAGUGACAUAUUAUUAUUUUGUGUAUUCAAGGUCCUGUAAGCAUCAGAUAGAAUAAACCAUGGCUGUUGAUGAGUUACUACCACUUCGGCUGAAUGAGCUUGAUGACAGCGGCAUCGACAGCGAUGACGACAGGGUGGCUCGUGCUAGACUUGCGGAACUUAACCAGGAUGAAUCCAGCAGUAGCGAAGAGGAGCCAAAUGAAAACGAUGUCAAUGAUCCUUUACUAGAAUCCAUUACUGAUGACUUUGAGAAACUGAAAAUGAUGUCUCUACGCAGUGCAGAGCGUUACGCUGACUGCGAAAUAGACCGCUCCUCACCCCAGUUGUUCGAAGUCGAGUUAACAGCGUCAGAGGAAGAUGAAGACAGCUCUGUACUCGAGCUGGUGAUACCAUUACAAUCUACGCGGUAUAAGAGAGUGCCAAAAAGCUCUCCAUGGUUCUGGCUUGAUAUCUUUCUGUGCUACUGCUGCCUUCGAUUGUCUUAAAUAUGAUUGAAUCUUGGAGAUCGGUGUCAAUUCUUCUAGUCAUUUAUUUUGUAUUUCAUACUAUUUAUAUUGAAACUGUCUUUAAUACGAAUUAUGUAAGACUUUUAUUUGUAUAUACUUAGAUGUGUAGCACAGAGUUUAAUUUGACUAUG